AUGCGCUACAUUAUUCGAGACAACAAAACUGCUGUCGGCCAAUACGUCGGCGAGUACGUAGCCAAGCGCAUCAAUGCCCACUUCGAAAACUCUGAUCGUCCCUUUGUCCUCGGCUGCCCAACUGGCUCUUCGCCCCUCGACACCUACAAGCAGCUCAUCCAGAUCCACCGCGAGGGCCGCGUUUCGUUCAAGAACGUCAUCACCUUCAACAUGGACGAAUACGUUUCCCUUCCCAAGUCCCACCCGGAGUCCUACCACUCGUUCAUGUGGAACAACUUCUUCAGCCACAUCGACAUCCAGCCGCAGAACGUCCACAUCCUCAAUGGCAAUGCACCGGACCUGGUCGAAGAGUGCAACCAGUACGAGGCCAAGAUCCAGGCAGUGGGUGGCAUUGACCUGUUCAUGGCCGGUGUUGGGUCGGAUGGCCACAUUGCGUUCAAUGAGCCUGGCUCAUCGCUUGCUUCCCGCACAAGGAUCAAGACGCUCGCCUAUGAUACCGUCUUGGACAACUCGAGGUUCUUCGACAACGACCCGCUCAAGGUUCCGCGCAUGGCCCUCACUGUGGGCGUGCAGACUGUCAUGGAUGCCAGAGAAAUCCUGGUGAUCAUCGUCGGCCAGCACAAGGCACACGCGCUGGCAAAGUGCGUCGAGGAGGGUGUCAACCACAUGAACACGGUCUCGUGCAUCCAGCUUCACCCCAACGCUUUGCUCGUUUCGGACGAGGACGCGACUUCCGAGCUGCGCGUGCGCACAGUCAGGUAUUUCAAGGGCAUCGAGCGAGCGCAGGAGGAGAUCGAAAAGCUCUACGGUCUGCAUGGCCAUAAAAAGACCCCUUCCAGCAGUGGGAGCCCAGUCGUUAGCGGCGUCAUCAAUUGA